GUCAUUUUCGCGGUGAAACAGGAGCUUCAUCGAGUACUUAGUAAUAGAAAUUCAUCUCUAUAAUUCUCCUUAAACAGCGGGCUGAACUAACACUGUCUUUCCAAAAUAUGGAGGCAUUCUGACACGUGGCAUCAAUAUCGUUCCCAAACAAAAGUGAAAGGAGCAAUCAAAUUGUUAUUUGUACACGUUGAAACUUAGUGCAGAAUCUUUGACAGACACAGAUUUGGAACUUUGAUGACACAAACGACUUUGAAUUACAAGGUGAAUCGUUCAAGAGCUGGUUAUUCAGAACUUUUACCAAUGACUUCGAGUUAACAUUGUCCAGAUUAUUGCAUUAGGUUAUCAUCAAUGCGUCAACUUGACGUACUUUUUCAGGAGAGAUUGAAAUCUGAUCUGCUAUUCGCGCACUGAAAUAAUCUUCCAUGUGUUACUUUUUAUCAUAAUUGAAAGUUUUUCAUCAAGAUGUCUUCUACCGAAAAUGGCCAUGCUAGUAAGGAUGGAAGUAAGACCAUUCUUUGGUGCGUACCGCGGGCAAUCUCUACUGCUUUUGCCAAGUGUCUGAGCAACAUCGAGGACACCGAAGUGUGGUUCGAACCCUACACCUACAGCUAUGUGACACGAGUGGAGUACGAGCUGCAGACCAAGCUCGCUAUUCCAACAGAGUAUGAGGGAAAUGAGGAAACCUUCCAGAAGGCCAAAGAGAUGCUUGAUUUAUUAUCUCAAACUAAGAAUGAAGCUCAUCGCCUCCCAUACGGAUCGGUAAAGCAUCGCCUUGAGGCCUCUACUGCUAAACACGUGUUUGUCAAGGAUAUGGCUUUUGGAGUUCCUGAUGGGUAUCGUCAGUUUCUACCCAAGGGUUAUCGGCAUACAUUUCUCAUCAGGAAUCCUCACAGAUCCAUCUACUCGUACCGGAAGUCAAUGUUUAAACAGUUUUCUGAAUUAGGGUUGCUAGAAGGUGAAGCAGCGGACGAAAAAACGUAUGAUGUUGAGCGUCAUGAUCGUUUCUUUGCUCCUGGGUGCUUCGUAAAGGAAGUCUACGACCUCUGGAAGUAUCUCCAAGACUCUGGGAUUGAUCCUAACCCUCUCAUCAUUGACGGUGAUGAUCUACUUACCAAACCAGCUGAGACGCUUUCAGCUUACUGUGCUGCCGUGGGGUUGCCUUAUAACGAUAGCUUACUCCAAUGGGAUGCAUCGGUAGAAGCUUUCAACAAGAUGAAAGCUUGUGGCGACAAUCUUCUAAUGGACAUCGUGAAUUUUUAUGGAACGGCCAUGAAAAGUAGCUGCUUUCUGCCUCCAAGUAAAUUUUUAUCACGUGAUCAGCUACCGGCUGACGUCAUUAGGUGCUCUGAUAAGGUUAUGCCCUAUUUUGAUGAAAUGUAUGAAGCUAGAUUGAAAGUUUAGAUGUCGAUCUUUUUUUUGUAUUACCACCAAUGCCUUUGAAUGGAGUUCCACAAGGUUCACUAUUAGAACCUUGCGUACUUAUGGAUGAUCUAUUGAGUACAACCAUCGGCCCUCUAUCAUGAUUUUUUUUUCAGAACAUCUAUAUAAGGCCAUGUGAUUGUUUCAUAAAGCUGUUCGUAAGUUAAGAGAGACUUUAGGAAUGACCGGUGAACCUCUCUUACGCGCUAAAAUCACAAAUGAACAUUUCAUUUAUAGAAAGGUAAAAUAGCUUCAUGAAAUGACCCCCAGGCCAUUUUCCCUCAUCAAUUUUCGUAAUGGUCAGGGCUUACUUCAAAUUGUGAAUAAUUCGACUAACAUUAGUCAUACCGCCAACUCAAUUCAUGAAUCAAAUUUGCACUUUUUAAUAUACAUUAGCCAUUCCAUCAAAAAAUAAUGUUUUCAUAGUGUUUUAACUAGAAUCCCCGAGCUUUGACUAUCAUAAUUUCCUGAUCUUCUUUGAAUAGGCCUAACAUAUUUUUUUCUGGAUGUAGGCCUACAACAUAAACCAAGGGAUGUUUUACAAAAAAUAAACAAAAAAAUAUAAAAAUGUAUUUAUAAGAGUGACUAAUAUACUCCCACCCCAAAAAUGAUAAAUAAAUAAAAAUUAAGAGAGGAUUGAAUCGAUAAAAAAACUCUGAGUAGAGGUGCCGUAGCCGGGUGGUCUAAGGCGCCUGGCUAUACAUGGAAAGUCCGGGGUUCGAUCCCCGGCCGCGACACUUAUGAAAAUCC